UAACCACCAAUAAUAUUAUUAAGUAUCAAGUUAUGUAGAUCGAUAGAUAUUAGGUUGUAUAUACAUAUAUGAGAGAAGCACAAGCAUCUAAAGAAUGCGCGCCAAAAGUUGCGUGACAAAGAAGUUGAACGGAUAGAAGUGCUGGACGGAUGAGUUUCUUUUAACGUUAUUAUUGUAGACAUAUUUAAGAUGCCUUUAAUUGUAAAACCGACGCGUUAUGCUCAUCGAGAGGGACAUACGGAUGUUUGCUAUUUUACUGGAGAAAAGGGAGGUCUAAUCACUUGUGGUGCAGAUGGGGAUGUUAGAACAUGGUUAAAUUUACUUGAUGAUGAUCCUGCUGCUAGUUGCAUUGCUGAACAAGCAACGACAGUAGUUUCUAAGAAUGGUAAACUUUAUGUUGGUACUGAUGACAAUAAGGUUCAAAUACUUACUUAUCCAGAUCUUGAAAAGGAAGGAAUAGUAACAAGAUUUUCUGCUGCUAUCUCUGCUAUAUCUACUGCUAAAAAUAGUAAUUUAAUUGUAUCAGGUGCCUGUGAUAUGCGCAUACAAGUGACCAAUAUUAAAACAUCGGAUAGUAUAGAAUUAACUGGUCAUCAAGCUCCGAUAUUGGGUUUGUCCUUGGAUCCAAAAGAAGAAUUUGUUGCCUCUUCUAGUGCAGAUGGAUCAAUUAGAGUAUGGAAUAUUAAAGAGAAACGAAUAGUACACAUCUGGGAGAAUGUGGUUCCAAAGUGCAAUUCUUUUUUCACUGCAAAGACCUAUUCUACUCCGUCCUUUCAUCCGGAAGAUGGUCGUGUUCUUGCAUAUCCACAUGGAAAAGAAAUCGUCAUUAUUGAAAGAUACACAUGGAAAGAAUUAUUCAAAUUGAGGUGUUCUGAACUUAAGACUGAGCUUAGCAUAUGCAAAUUUUCCGAAUGUGGAACGCGACUGGCUGGUAGUUCCAUUUACGGGGAGGUUGCAGUUUGGGAUAUUGUAAAUAAAGAAUUAAUUGGUUACGUUGAACACCAGCAGAAUGCAAAAAUCACUGCUCUAUGUUGGAGUCUUGAUAAAGCAAAUGAAAUAGCUUUCUGCGAUAGUUUAGGUCAACUGAGCUGUAUUGAUGUUAUUGGUGACAGUAAUUAUUCAGCCGAAUCAAUUUCAACUUCUGUAACUAAUGAUAAUGAGACUGCUGAUCUUUUAUUGAACAAUGAUGAUGAAGAUGAUGACAAUGAGAAUGAGAAUGUGAUUUCAUUAGACAGAAUUAAAGCGUCUGUUAAUCUAGAAGGAGACGAUAAUGAUACAGAUGCUGGUUCUGAAAGACCACCAAGCGUCACGAGAAUUAUUGCACCUGAAAUUGAAGUACAGAAACCAUUCCAACCUGGUUCAUCGCCAGUCCAUUUAUUGUCACGCUAUAUGGUAUGGAAUGAUAUUGGAAUGGUAAGGCAUUAUACUUCAGAGGAUGCCGAAGAACCUUCUAUAGAAGUUGAAUUUCACGAUGUAUCUGUUCAUCACUCAAUUCAUAUUAAUAAUUAUUUGCAUCACACAUUGGCUGCAUUAUCCACUCAAGCUCUGGCAUUGGCAUGUUCCACAGAUGGUUCACUAAGUAAAAUUGUUGUUGUAUCCUUACAAGGUUGGGGUUCUGGAAACAAAGAAUGGUCUCUAGAUCUCCCAGAGGGAGAACAAGCACUGUGCCUGGCUGCAGGUGAUAAUUUCAUUGCUGUUGCAACUACUACAAGACAUAUAAGACUCUACAUGAUCGGUGGAACGCAACGAGAAAUUAUAGCCUUACCAGGACCACCGGUUGCUAUGAAUGCUUAUCAAAAUUAUUUAGUGGUCGCUUAUCAUACUGGAUUAGGUGUGAAAAAAGAUCAAUCUAUGGCUAUGAUGUGGAUACGAAUUCGUGGACCGAAUUUGCGCAGUCAGACACUCACAGUUCCAUUGUCACCAUCAUCUGAAUUAAUGUGGUUAGGAAUAAGCGAUAUGGGUUCUCCUACGAUAAUGGAUGCCGAAGGUUUUAUCAAAAUGUAUGACAAAAAGGCAUGCUUGUGGAGAGUAGUUUGCGAUACGGAUACACAGUGCAAGGGUAAAUUAGAUAAUUUUUUUAUUAUCGGCGUCAGUGAGGCGGAGCAAAAGGUACGAUGUGUUCUGUGUAGAGGUAGUCAUUAUCCUCCAACGACACCUCGACCAACAGUGACAGAAAUACCUCUAGUCUUACCUCUUUGCGACGCGCAAUCCGAACAGGCUGAGAAAGAAGCCAAACUCUGGCAACUGGGAAAUGAUCCUUUGGGCCAGGAGCAGAUUCUACUCUCUUUGAUAGCAAUUGCUUGUCGAAACAACAUGCAGUAUCGGGCAGUAGAUUUGUGCCAGGAAAUUGCUUCGCCCAAAAUUAUAGAACUAGCGAUGAAGUACGCAGCACGAUUAAAUCAAAUGGCAUUGGUUAAAAAGUUUGAGUCGAUAGCCGAAAGUAAGGACCAGGAGGAGAAAGAUGAAGUAGGGGAGAUUAAAGAAGAUGGCUUUGAUAAUCAUCACCAAGCUCUAAUAGAAGAUUCGGAAUCUUCAAUAUUAACGCCAGUUAUACAGAAACAAGCUGAUGUUGAAAUUAGGCCAUUACCUAUCAGUUAUAGAAGAAGCAAUCCUUUUUUGAAAAGUGGAAAUUCUCCAGCAGCAAAAGGUUUGCGUGUGUUAGAUACUUUACCGGAUAAAACUCAGAAACCUAAACCUACUCCAUCACCAACGUUAAAAUCAAAACCAAAAGCUGCUGCCAAGAAAGAGAACUUCGUCAGUUGGUACUCGAAACACAAGAAUGACAUGCAUGAGGAGUUUCCUGAAUUAAAUACAGUUGAGUUGACAAAGAUUGCCUUAAAAAGAUAUAAAGAAGUGGAUGCUUCCCCUCAAACUUCCACAGAAAAAGUCUCCGACGUCAAAAAGCGGAAAUUAUCAGACACCGAAUCUGAUCUGGAUAGUCAGCCGAAACGUGCCACACAGAAUAAGCUUAGCAGUUUUACUUUCGAUAAAUAGAAACGGGUAAUAGCUUAGAUUUAAAAAAUAAUGUUAGAGUUUAACACAAAUAAUAGGCAAAAGUUUUUGUUAGUAUUUUAGUACAGCGACAGUGAAUAAGAAUGCAUAUAAACAUUAGAAUUAAUCCUUAUGCGAAUGUGAUAUUAAUAUAAUCUUAUUUUAUGAUAGUAA